ACUGACAUACCUAAGGCUGUAAGAGAGACAGAUGUAAGAGAGACUUCAACCCUGUUGAAGGAAGGGUAUGAGCGACCUUUGACCAAGGCUGAACUUUUGGCAGAGGCCAAGGUCAUAGCAGAGAUUAAUCUCCGAUCACUGGAAAACUGUGAGCGUUUGGAGGCUGAUAAGAAGAGACAUGUCCAUAUGAAACGUCAGUGUGUGGGUUCAGUGUGUCCGGUAUCACUCUGUGCUCAUGUCCCUGGUGCUGAUGUCAGUCUGAAAGAGGAGAAUGUGGAUGUGGAGGGGUUGGACCAAGCUGCCCAGCAGAAUCCAAGCUCCCACCCUGCACAAACUCCUCAAUCAGACUCAAUCUCUUCUGCACCACCGAGUGCCCUAUCCAAUGGAGCUGCAGUAAAUGCUUUUCUGCCACCAGGGGCCGCCAAAUGCUCCCGCUUUUACAUUACAUUCAGUGACGAUGAAACCUUCCAGCGUUUUUUCGCCCAGUCCCAGGCUCCUCGCAUAAAUGAUGCACACUGUACGAUUUUGGCCACGAUUCUGCCGUCUGAGACAAAUUUUGUGAAUCCUAAAGGAUUUCUGUCGUCGCUGGGCAAAAUCGGCAAUCUUACAACGUUCAGUGUGACAUGUUCACAGACGGCCUAUUAAUAGCCUUUGCGAUGAUCUUCAGCCUCCGAAGUUCUGGCAGUGUCAGAAAUAUAGCAUCGCAGCCGUAUAGUGUGACUGCUAUUACGACGGCCAGAUGAGAUAUUCCGCCCCUCUCGCGCACCCCAAUUCACUUGGAAAGAAACCUGCUCCGCGUUUGCACCACCACAGCAACAUUUGUGCCCAGUUAUCACUCUACUCAAGCACUUUCAAUGUUUUUUCUUCUUUUCAUUUUAUAUAAAAAGUUUUAAUAAAUAAAUAAGCAGAAAAUACUUGGAGAAAAGUGUAACACGUCAGCAAUAUGAAAGCAUUAUUCUCUGAAUUAAAUAAAUACAGAGCUUCAAAAUGAAAAUGAAUAAAUGAUUGCAUUUUCUCGUUUUUUUCUUUACAUUUAUCAUGCAUUUUCUUUACAAUGUUAUUUUAAUUACUAUUUUACUUUUAAUAAAUUUACUUCAAACGUCUGUAAACUUUAGUUAAGAUUCACACCACUCCAAUUUUAUUUAAAAAUAAAUAUUAAAAUAAAAUAGAAACAUUGAACAAUUUAUUCUGGUAAGUAUUUAUGGGACGUUUUAAUCCAAAUCAGCAAAUACAGCUGGAUACAAUUAUAGAAAUCUAUGUCAUGUUUGUGCAUCAUCCAUAGGGAAUUUGCAAGCGUGAUAUAUUAUCAGGUUGGUGGCCUAUAGGUUACUAAUCGAAAAGAGGAGAAAGACGAACUAUAACCCACCUUUUUUGUUUUCUCCAGUGUGAACGGAGAAGUUUGUAAUUUUUCGGGCCACAAAUCUUUUUAUUUCCACAAUGAAUAUUUGCUUUGCACUCGCGUUCAUUCUCAACAUCUGUAAUUUCCUUUAUGUGAUCAGGCUGUCUUAUUAUAGGCCUAUUUGACAAAAUCCAUCUUUCUUGUAAAUGUUAGCCUAUGCUCGUGUUGGAGUGGUAUUUGAGCAACGGAAAUGCUGAUGUCAUGACUUUCAGGGAGAAAACAAAAUGCUCCUCCGUGGUGGGCAAAUUUCUUCGUUUCGCUUCUAUUCCGCAACACUCCCUUAACGUGAGUCACGUUCAUUGAUCGGGACGAUUGGGACCACAGUCGGCUACGAUGUGUAUCGUGCAGUCUGACAUAAUGUCGCACAGUGUGCCAUGGCGAUAUCAAUGCGUUCAUAUCGUACAGUCUGACAAGCAACUAUCUAAAAGGACUUUCCUUUUUUUAAGAGGUCUGCCCUGUUACCCAUAAGCUUGCGCUCUACCGAGACCCCAUUACAGACAUUCCGUACGCUAAUGUACAGGCCUUUAGGAUCAUCCAGGAGGCCUAUUUAAAGUAUGUGGCUGCUCACAGAUUGCCCUCCACUGGCACGUCGAAUCAAACUGACACCGCUGCAAAGAAUCUGCGCCAGAAGAUUAUUAUUAAACAUAGCAAGUAGACAAAUACACAAGAUUUACAAGGGGUAGAAACGGAGAAUAAAGGACAGAGAGGAAAUCGUUUGGUCAGGUCAGACGGUGUGGGUCAUUGGGCUUCUUUCCUGUGUCUGUCUGUCUGUCUGUCUGUCUGUCAGUCAGUUCAGUCAGUCUGAUGACAUACAAGAACAUAAAACUAUUUACUGUUAAUGUCUGUUCAGUGUAUUCAUAGGUUUAUUGAGCUGCACUGUUAAUGCGUUAUUCCAACUAAAACAGGAAAUUAUGAAUGUAUCGUUUAUUGUAAUGUUGAUAUUUUGUUGCCAUACUGGUGGUAUGUCCUCUUUAUUUAUUUAUUUAUUAUUAUUAUUAUUUUUAAAGAAACAGUUUAAUAUAAUUAAUUAUUAAAGUAUAUAUUCUGUGUGUAUACUGUAUACUGUGGGCAUGUUUAUGUGGUUUACGAGGACAAUUUUUUAGGUGUCAAACUGGUAAUUACAAGGGUAUUAUGCUAUAAAUGUGGUUUAUGAGGACAUUUUUAGUGUCCCCAUAAUUUAAAUCGCUUAAAAAAACAUACUAAACGAUGUUUUAUU